AUGUUGACAGAACUUGGAAGAUCCCAGCUGCGGAUCCUGAAGUUAGCGAUACUUGGCACGAUUUUGUGGACAUCCAGUGGGCUGCCAUGUACAAGCGCUACGUACGCCCGGGUGGCGCAAAGCUCCGAAGUUCGUCUACCAACGCCGCAGACUACGACUUGUAGUGAACUGUUCACGAUCGACCAUGAGGACACCUAUCUGAAGCAGUACGAGGGAACGCUCACACUUCGACCCAACGUAACGCUCCGGUACGUCCAGCUGGUGCUGCAGUUUGAUCGUGAAGUCGAGCAGCUACGGAACAACUUUGGACGUAUCAGCACCAUUGACAGUAAAGUCUUUCACAUUGCUAACCUAACGUACCCGUUGCUGGCUGGGUCCGUCGUUAGGAUUCCUUUGGAGGUUUCCUACACGAACGUUUCUCGACCGACGAUCGUUCGAAUUGAGGUUAACGGUGUUACGAUCUGUCCCGUAAACAUCAUGAGGCCUAUGGUCAGGAACUUCCGCGACCCCUGGGCAACAACGUCGUCGGGUUUUGGUCCUACUCGUGCGAUCACCACGAAUCCAGCGGAAGCGCACUUCAAAAAUGGAACCUCGGAACAAACGCACCAGUUUAAUUCCUCUUGUCAGGCUAUAAGGACCGGUGGAAUCAUUUCCUCUGGACGCUGGGACGCUGUGAUGCAUCUCGUGGCCGACAACACCGUCAACCAUGCGGUAAUUGAGAUCGUAUUCGACCAACCGAUCUACAUGCUUGGGAACCCGUUCGGUGAAGUAACGACAGAGGACAGCGUUCGGUUUAGGAUAGAAAACCGCACCUUCAUCCUGGCGAAAGACGCCGAAAUUGAGUUGAACUUCUUCGUGCGCUACAAUCAGCAGGGACCGAUUCCAGAUGUUGUGGAGGUGAACUUUAACGGACAAAAUCACUGCAUGCAGCGAAGACGUCGCGUUUUGAACGGAGAUCGUCAGGAGAGCGAUCAGCGAUCAGCAAAGAGCACCACGACCGAGCGAGCUAGAAGGGUUUGGGAAAAUGUCGAGAUUGCAACAGAAGAAAAUCGAUACGAUGCUGAUUGGAUGCUCGAGGAAAAGGAAUGUGCCACCGUGUUGGAUCCACUGGAGAGCCGCGUUAAAUCGCGAAUAAUCGGUGGAGUUGCGUCGCAUCAAGGAGAACACCCGUGGCACGUGGCGAUCUAUUUGGACGAGCAAUAUCAAUGCGGUGGCAGCAUUAUCGGCCGGCGUUGGAUCCUGACGGCGGCGCACUGUCUGACGCGCCCAAACACAAACGAAACGCUGGAGACGGAUCUGUUCCGCGUGUACUCUGGCAUCAUCGACAUCAGCACGAUCGACGAUCAUUUCUACCGCACCGUUGACGAGGUCAUCAUUCAUCGCGAGUACAGCCCAAUGAUGUAUACGACCGAUAUCGGGUUGUUGCGGUUGAAGCGAAACAUCACCUACAACAGCUUCAUCAAGCCGGUGUGUUUGUACAAUCGAACGGUGGACAUUAGCUCGUUCUAUGGGCGCGAUGGUAAAGUCACAGGCUGGGGCUUUAACCGGGACGGUGUGAUCAGCAACGUGCUUAAUUACCUGGAGGUCCCGGUUGUCUCGCAGAAGAUGUGCUCCCAGCGGAACGUCCAAUUCAAUGGGGUACUCGCCGUUGGUGAAUCGUUCUGCGCUGGUCAUGCUGAUGGAAAUUCCGUGUGUAACGGUGAUAGCGGUGGCGGGUUGGUGUUUGCCGAAGGAACGCGUUACUACGUCAGAGGCAUAGUUUCGAUCAGUGCCCAACGCCGCAACCUGCUGAUCUGCGACCCAAAUCAAUACUCCGUCUUCACCGAUGUGUCCAAGUUCCUGACCUGGAUACGACAGCAAGUGUCGUAGGCCAGAUUUAAAAAUGGUUAUUAUAUUUGCAGCAA